UAGAAGAAAAAGGAAACUGAAACAAGAAUAAGAUACAAUUGCAUCCACACAAAACAAUCAAAUAACAGCCAAACACAAGCCCACACGUAAAUCCUAAGAACCAAAGACACAGCUAUCUGGCACUUCAAUUAUUAUCAUUAUUAUUACAGUAUUUUUUAACAUAAUACUUUAAUUGAUUGCAUAUUUCACCAUUUCCCACCACAACAUACGAGUAACUAAUUACAUUUUCAUAUUCGCCCUUCUUUUUCAUUCAUUGCUUCGGUUGUCAGAUUCCAUUUUACAGUGCAAAAAUACACUAACAUCACGAAAUCAUAACAUAUUGAUUGUAUCUCACGUUUUUGCCCCCCUUUCACGGGUUCUUUGCCUUUUCUUCAUCAUUUCCCUUUCGGUCUCUUUCUUCAACACCCCAUUUUGCAACAAAUCUUUCUCUAAAUACUCUUUUUUAUUUGGCAUUCUUAUCCGUUUUUGUUUCUGGGUUUUCUGUUAUGUGGUGGGCUGCAUGCUGUUGGUUUCUGAAAUCUGCAUAUUUUCGCGGGUAAGGUGUCAAAAAGAUCGAGUCAAGCUGGAUCAUGAUUGUAUCAUUGUGAUUUUGGAGGCUCGGACUCUCCAACAAUUUAGGAGGCAAAAAGAGGAGGGAAUAUAAGGCAAAGAAGCUGGGGGAUGUAUUUGCAGUGUACAUGUGUAGGUGAUGUUCAUUUUAUAAUUGGAGAUAGUAGUUAAAAAGAGAGCUAAAGACAUGGCAACUGCAAUGGGUAGAAAGGCAGCUCCUGCACGGAAUAUAGUGGCAUUUAGAUCUUAUCAGAGUCGGGCUGAGAUAUUGGUUAAAACUUAUUUGUUAGCAGAUCCUUUUAUACCUUACACUUCUGUCUUUGCUGGCAUAUUUGCUUGCAAAAUGGUCUAUGAUCUAUGUCAGCUGAUCAGCAGUUUUUACUUCAGGACGUACACUACCCUAACAAAAAUUCAAAGGAUUGAGUGGAACAACCGUGGCAUGUCAACAGUCCAUGCCAUUUUCAUAUCUGUUGUGUCCACGUAUUUUGCAUUCUGGUCCAAUCUUUUCUCUGAUCACAAUCCUGAUGGCCUUUUAAUCACCAGAAGUUCACCGCUAUCGACUUUUACGUUAGGGGUAUCAGCUGGGUACUUCCUUUCAGACCUUGGAAUGAUUUGCUGGUUUUAUCCUUCUUUGGGCGGAUUAGAGUAUGUUGUCCAUCAUUCUCUUUCAGCAAUUGCUGUAGCAUACUCCAUGUACACUGGAGAAGGACAGCUUUAUACAUUCAUGGUACUGAUAUCUGAGGUGACAACACCAGAGAUCAACAUGAGAUGGUUUCUUGAUACAGCUGGACUGAAAAGAUCUAGUGCAUAUCUGAUCAAUGGCGUGGUGAUAUUUUUUGCAUGGCUGGUUGCAAGAAUUUUGCUGUUCAUUUACAUGUUUUACCAUGUUUAUUUGCACUAUGAUCAGGUCAUUCACAUGCACAUUUUCGGUAUUCUUUUGGUUUUUGGAGUCCCCUCAGCUCUUGGUGUGAUGAACCUGAUGUGGUUCGGCAAAAUCAUUAAGGGGUUGAAAAAGAAUCUUGCAAAAAGGCUGUGACAAGAUGUCAGCAUGAUCAGUGCCCAUUGAUGCAUUUUUCCCACGAACUCCUCUAUACUGUACAAAUAGGUUAUAGGGUAGCUGAAAGGGGAAGAGAGAAGGGUUAAAGACGUCGGAAGAAUAGAGGGUUAGUAGAAUCAACAGAAACCAACACAUGUAAUUGGCUACUGGCAAAGCAUGUUCAAGACGUUCACAUGUCCUAUAUCUGUUUUGAGAAGGAAAGUAUAACAAUGCAAUGAGAAACACCACGGGAAGUAAGUAAUACAUGAGCCCUGUAUAUGUGAUCUGUUCAAAUGAUACAGUUGUUUCCAUGCGAUAAACAUCUCAGAGCCAGUAACUUCACUUGCAUGUUAGCGUGUUCAUAUAAUUUUGUUGUUUCCUUCAACUUUGAUUUACUCGUGUACGAGCCAUCUUAUUUAGUUCCAUAUUCUACUCCUAUUUUUUGCUUUUAUUCUUUGAUUGGCAUCACUUCUUGCAAGUGUGGAAACUAUUUGUUGAACUACCAGGUUUUCAUUUACUUGUAAAGAUAUAAGUGUUCAAAAGUGAAAGAUGUGAACUUAGAUUCU